CCCGCUAAAGGAGUAAAAAGUUUUGAAUGGCACCGAUAGACGACUGUUCACUUCAUAUAUAACCACCGUGUGUCCUUCAUCUUCUUCAUCACAACCACCCCUCAAUCCAGUUCUUUGAUUCAUGGCGCCGCCAGAUUGGUCUCAACUCCAUAGAGAUAUUCUUCAACACAUAUCCAAAACACUCAACAGCGAAUUCUAUCAAAUCCGAUUUCGAUCCGUUUGUUCAUCAUGGCGUUCUUCCAUUCCCAAAAAUCAUCAUCAUCAUUUCAAUUUACCUCUCAAAUUCCCAAUCCCUUCCGAUGAUGAUUCCAAUUCCAAUUCCAAUUUUCAUCUCUCGAAACGAAACGUAUUUCUCAUCACUCCACCCCCAAAUCAAAAACAAACCCUACACCCUUGGUUGAUCAAAAUCGGUCCAGACUCAAAACAACAAACUCAUCUAUGGCAUCCUCUAUCACGUGACAAAAAACUUCCUUUUCAUUUCCAUGACGUCAUCGAUUUCAAUCAACACCGCGUUAUUCAUCUCGGAACCGAAUUCGUCUUCGGUGAUUUACCUUCUUCUCUUUACCGUAACAACAUUGAAAAGAUCGUUGUCUUUGACGCUGACACGUGGCAUAUCGGAAAAGGUAAAGUUUCUUAUUCUGUUCUUCUCACUAUUCAUGUUUCCGGGAAACUUGCUAUUUGCCGAUGUGGUGAUGAGCGUUGGACUGUAAUCCCUGGAAUGGCAACGCCUUAUGAUGACGUUUGUGUCUUCAAUGGGCGGCCUUUUGCGGUUGAUAGUAAUGGCCAGACUGUCGCGGUGGGACUUGAUUUAAGUUUGGAGUUUGUGGCGGAGCCGGUGUUUGGGGGGAAUAAGAAAUUCUUGGUGGAGAGUAAUGGUGAAUUGUUGCUAGUUGAUAAGUAUAUGAUUAGUGUUCAGCAUGAAGGUUUUUUGGAUGAUCAUGGAGAUGGUGUGGGAAAUUAUGAGAUUGGAUUUGGAAGGAAGAGGGCUGUGAAAUUUGAUGUGUUUAGGCUUGAUAGUAUGAGGAAGAAGUGGGUGGAAGUGAGAAAUUUGAAGGAUAGGGUUUUGGUUUUGGGAGAAGGUUGUGCUUUUUCUGUUUUGGCUUUGGAUUUAGGUAUGAAAAAUGGGAAUUGUGUGAUAUAUAAGGAUGAAGCAUUUCGCCAUGUUCAUGUCACCGGGCUUGGGGUACGUGUUUUUUGCUUGGAUAAACAUCGGAUUUCACCUUUGGUUGAUGUUCCUCAUUAUAAUAAGUUGUUUUGGCCACCUCCAGAAUGGCUCAAGUUGCGAUGGUAACAACAAAUAUCUUGGAUUGAAAGGUUGUAAAGGAGCCCUUUGAUGCAACUUUCGGCAAUGCUGCAGAUGAUUUUUGCCCAUAGACAUUGGGGAAUUGCUUCUGGUUUUUUCCCCCUAGUAUUUUCUUGUAAAGUUUUAAAUUAUGAUGUAUAGGGGACUUAAUUUGGAACAAUGUGAUUUAGUCAAUAACCCAUAUACUGUCUCCAUCAUUUUCUUGCUAGUACAAAGCAAGUCGUUUUGCAAUUCUUACUUUUGAAGCAGCCGUACAUUAAAAUAAACUUGUUUUUAAAUCUAA